AUGGCGCGUCGCCUGCGGCUUCGAUUUACAGCCAAAGACGGGUACGGUUGUGGACGCUGCAGUGCGUAUCUUUGCGAUAGCAGUGAUGUCAUUUCACGUGCCUUUCAUGGCAAACGUGGCAAGGCGUACCUGGUGAGCCGGUGCUUUAACUACUACUUUGGUCCCCAGGAGGAAAAGGAGCUGAUAACGGGUUCCCACAUUGUGCGCGAUGUCUUUUGCUCCUGCUGUGAUCGGUAUAUCGGUUGGACAUACGACUUUGCCUAUGUAGAGAAGGAGCGGUACAAAGUCAAUCGUUUUGUCUUGGAACGUCAACUUUUGCGCGCGAUAAAGGCAGACGCAACAACAGGUUUGCCCGCCGCUGGUAACGCAAGCCAGUAG